AUGUUCAAGUCAACUACAGCCGAUCGAACGCGAGCGCCGUCGUCGGGUCUCAAGCUCAAGAAAAGCUCGAGCAGCUUCAGGCGCGCGGUCGUCGAUCGGUCACGUCUCGAAUUGGGCGACCGAAGCAGUAAAGACGACGACCCGAAGGCGUCCGGUGGAUCAAUCGACCACUUGCCGCCGACCGAGUCGCGCGUACGGCUGUCCGACGAAGAGCUCUUGACGUUGGCCCGCGAAGCGUCCGACCGCGUCGACUUUCGUCGGCUCACGAACCGCCAGGCGUCGCUCCGCAAUUGGAAGUGGAAGACAGUGGCCAAUGCGUUCACGGCCUUCUCCCACGGCGACGGCUUCGAGUCUGCCCAAGAAGUGCUGGCCACGGGCGAGAUGAAAGCCUCGUUGAACGAGUUGGCGCAUAUCCUGAGCACGGCAACGGACGUGGACCACGACAUGAUGAUGCGGAGCGUGUACAAGGACUACAUCCACGGCUCGGUCGUGCACGUCGUGAGGCCGCCCCGGGUCAAGACCACGGCCGAAGCCGCUAACGUCGUAGUGGAAGUCGAGUCCAAGCUGACGGUCAAGACCAGUGCCUUUGAGCGCUCGCGGCUGUUCAAGAACCACGAACAGUGGUGCUUUCUCGAGUACUUUGAGAAAGUCAGCAGUGCCGACAGCUUCACGGUGACGCUCACGUCCGUGCCAGAGACCGCGUUACUUGCUGGCAAGAUGAAAGCCGACCGCGUGGACGAGCUGCCUGACUUGACAGCAGCGUACCUCAUUGAGAAGAUCUCGGCGAGCAAUUUGGUUCGCGUCGUCUUCUUUGCUCAGGCUUCGCUUCGCGAGUAUGAGCCGCAGUUUGACUCGUCGAGCACGAGCUACAGCAUGGACAGCGAGAGUCAACGGGGCAGUCAACUCGCCUGGUCGAAGAAACGGCAGACGCGCUUGAUGCGACUCGCUGCAGGUGCCAGUCAGCUCCCCGACGUGGUCCGUCGUCGCCGCUUUGGUACGCAAUUGCUGGCCGACUGCUCGGCAUUCGAAGCCAAGAACUCGCGCUGCACGUGCUGUGCCAAGUCGCUGCGGUUCCUCACGCGCAAGAAACGCUGCCACGUGUGCGGCUACAUUGUGUGCCACCAGUGCUGGAGCAUCCACUCGAUGGAGACGCGUGCGGGUCGCGUCUCGUCCGUGCGCGCGUGCAAGCGCUGCGUCGAGUUCGUGCACAAUGGCGACUACUCGUGCGUGAACCAGCAGACACGUGGCCGCAUUCAGAUUGUCGCGGACCCGCCGAGUCUGCCAUCGAGCAGCGACACGCCGGGCAAAGCGUUGACGAACUUCUUGCACGACGCGCUGCAGAACUCGUCGGGCAACAAGCGCAAGUCUGUCCUGUCCGUGGUGCGGCACUUGAUGAACCAGGAGAAAGAGGCCGGGGUGAGCUGCUCAGACAGCUCGUCGUCCGGCACACGUCUGACGGAUAAGGACGCUGAGAAGUACGUGAACGCACUGCACGACGGCAUGCUGCAGGUCGAGCCGCUUCCGCUCGAAGAGUGUGUGCUCGCUACUGUCGAUGGCCGCAACUACCCGCUCAAUAUGGCCCGCGACGCCGGCACAUUGAGCAAACCGCCGGUGCCCGAGAACGAGCAGAUGCGGAUUGCAGCCAUCGAGCGAGGCGGGUUCUCCAAGAUCACGGACACGGACGAGCUCGACUUGAUCUGUGAGCUGCUUGCACGGGAAAUGCAGUGUUCUACGGGACUCGUGACGCUGAUCAGCGAGGACGAGCAGCACGUGUUGGCAUCGAACUUGCUGCCGUUUCGACAGCUGCAUAUGCCACGGGAGCAGUCCUUCUGUCAACACACGAUCAUGAACGACGUGCCAUUGCUGGUACCGCAUCCGGAAUCGGACAUUCGGUUCCAGAACCUGCCGGCGCUUCUUGCGCACGACAUGCGGUUCUACCUCGGGUUCCCACUCAAGGACGAGAACGACCAGGUCGUGGGUUCCGUGUGCUGCAUUGACAGCAAGUCUCGAGACGUGUCUGCGUCGCAGUACUCGGCUAUGAAGAGACUUGCCGAGACGGCGUCGAAAGUGGUGCAAAUUAAGGGGUUGCAGGCCCGGAUGGCCGACCCGACGUCCGUCACGACAUAA